GACACUUCCGCCGGGGAGGAAAAGGCACAUUGCGCAGGCGUGUGAAAGACUGUUAGCUGCUCUGUUCAUCACCGCUCACUUUAGUAAAACAUAAAUAAGACGUUGCAUCCUGAAGUGGUAACGAGCUAGAUUAACAUGCACGUUUUUUUUUUUUUUUUUAGCUUAUCUUCACGCCGGUUGAGCUGACUGAGCCGUAGUUAAAACUAUUCCAACACAACGGUGGCUCUGUUAAGAUAACGAGCACUAGCCUGGGUGAGCUAGCACUAGCAAACAGCCACACCAAGAUGGACGAAUCUGCUCCAGCAUCGACCAGAGGAGAGGACGGAGCUGAAAACAAGCCCUGUGAUGGCGACACAACCUCUGAAAACAACGCCGGUCCACCGACUGAGGACACUGCUGAUCGGGUUGGGGUUUUCUGCUGUCGGGAUUGUGGAGAAGCCUUCAGAGAAGAGGCAGCCUACUUGGAGCAUCGCCAGCAGCACCCGGAGGAAAAUGUGUAUUUAAACGAACAGUCCGAUGGAUUACGUAAUGCAGAAAAGGACAGUGAAACGCCCCUUUUUUGUACUAUAUGUUCACUCUCAUUUGUUGAACUGAGUGAAUUCCACUCGCAUAUGAAAGAGACCCAUGAUCAAAGAUCUCAGGAGGAGUCUGACAUUCAGAUUAAUUCUGGUAUCCCAAAGCAGCACUCCUAUGAAUGUCCAGACUGUGGGAAAUCUUAUGUUGUGAUUGGACACUUCCUCAACCAUCGGCGCUCACACAGUCAGCCCACCAAAUCAGUUUUUAAUGAGCUUGAAGAUGUGAAAAAGAAGUCCUUCCAGUGCGAGUCCUGUGGGCGGAAUUAUUCUCGAGCUUCAGCUCUUGACGCCCAUCGUCGUUGUCAUGAGGAAAAGUUGGUAAAGUCAAACAGGAGCUCAAGAGAUGCCACUCAGACAGGAGAGUCAGUGUUAGAAACUAAUCCCAGUGAAAUUCAGACAGAAAACUGUUCUGAAAAACGUCACAAGUGUUCAUGUGGUAAAUCUUUCUCUGCCCUGAUGCGACUUAAAACGCAUCAGCGAUUUAGCCGCAACAGCCUGUGCUCUCCAGAAGAAAUGAUACCAAAACCAAAGAAGAGCAGCAGUGAGUUUUACUGUAAUGAGUGUCAAAAGGCUUUCAGUGGCCAUAUUGCCCUUUUUAACCAUCAGCGAUGGCAUGCUAAUCACUCAGAUGAUUGUGCACAAAGGUUCCCGUGUGAGGAAUGUGGAAAAGUAUUCAUGACUCUGACGUUCUACUACAGACAUCAGCGCACUGCACACAGUGAUGAGACCCCGGCAAAGUCAUUUCUUCAUCAAGUGUGUCAGCUGCAGAAAAAGGCAUUUGAAUGUAAAAGCUGUGGGCUUAAGUUUUCCAGAGCUUCUGCACUUCAUUCUCAUGAGCUCUUACACACAGAUGUUUAUAAAGAAACAGAGGAGGCAGCCCAGAGGAGUUCCUCUCUCCCAUCUCAAGACCAAGUACUGGAAAGUGGCAUGAAAGAAAACCUGGAGUCUUCUCCAGAGGUUAAAGUGCAGCCAGAGAGCUUUCUUCCUCCUAGUAUGGCUGAAGAAACUUAUGUAAAUGACACUGAUGAAGACAUGGAGAGUUACGAACCUGGAGACUUUAAUGUACAAGUGAUCAGUGCGAGUGAAUCUGAGGACGAGCCAGUCCAAGACGUGAAGCCCGAUCUUGAGCUGCUGUGUGAAUCUGAUCAGGACGUAAGAGAUGACGAAGUUUCCACUGGAAAUCUUCUAAUUUCAAAAUCGGAGAUAGACUUGAAAAUUGUACAAGUUGACUUUGAGCAAGCUGACGAGCAGUGUGCACUGAUAGCAAGCGAAGCCGAGAAUACACCAACAGAGGAAAGACAUGAUUGUCCAGAGUGUUACCGCUGGUUCACUAAUCCCUCAUCACUGCGCGUUCACAGAAUGUGGCAUGGCGUUCAUAGGAGGAGAAAUCAACAGACUCAAGGUCAGUCAGUGGCAGCUUACACAUGCAACACGUGUGGCCAUGAAGCCCGUAGCGUUACAGAACACUGUAAUCACGUACAAACCCACAAUGCUCAAAACCCAAGCAGUGACGUGUUGGAUCAGGCAGAGGGUUUAGAGGGGCAAAAUCUGACAUGCAAAGAGUGUGGCAAAUUUUUCUCUCGUUUAUCUGCUUUAGUUUCUCAUCAAUUACAUCAUCCCAAAAGAAAACCAUUCCAGUGCCCAGAUUGCACGGUGUCUUAUUCGCAUGCAGCUAACCUCUUUAACCACAUGAAAACUUGCUCAGCUCAAAAGAAGGAAAAUAUUGCAGCUAGUAAAAAAGAAUACAAUCCAAAGAAAACCCUACUGGGCCCAAAGAUAUAUCAUUGCGAACAAUGCGGAAAAGGGUUUUGGUCAUUAGGGGCUUACUCCCAUCACAAGCAAAGUCAGACAGAGUGUACAGAUUUGAGGCUGAGAAAAGGUGUAGGAUCUCUGCACUCUGUUAACGGACACCCACGCUCCGGCACUAAGGUUGCAUGUCCAGUUUGUGGCAGAAAGUUUCGCCACAAGGGCAUUAUGGCGUUGCACAUGCGCAAACAUGAAAACGGAAAUCACAAAUGCGAGCUUUGCAGUAGGUCGUUCCGUCUUUUUUCCAGCCUCCUCAGACACCAGGUGGUGCAUAGCGACCAGUUACUCCCACCACCCAUAAAGUCUUUUCAGCAUCAGGUUGAGCAGUUGAAAAAGAACACGUAUAGCUGCCCUGACUGCGGGAAGCUGUUUUCGCGGGAAAAAGCGCUGCAGUUUCAUAUGAAAAGCCACGGUUACGAGACCGGGCACUCCCCCUCGUCGCCAAGAUCCGCAGUUGGCCUGGAGGAUCUGCAGUGUGCGACAUGCCUCGCACAUUUCAGCAACAAGGUCUCUUUAAGGGCUCAUCAAAAACUUUGCAUUAAAAGAGAGAGUCUGGUCGUCGAGAAGACAGAAUUCUUAGACGAUAAUGAUCCGAAAUUGAACAAAGACAGUAUCAACAUUAGCACAGAGCAAAGCUCAGACCAGUUUAAGGUGCACACUGAAGUAAAGAAUGAAACAGACAAUGAAAAUCUCACGGGUGUAGGCGACGUAGAAAGCCCAAGUACAAGCAAUUUGAAAUACAAAUGCAACAACUGUGACAGAAGUUUUUCAAUGGUUGGAGCUUUGAAUUUUCACAAACGAAUCCAUUGUGAGGACGACAAAUCUGAAGCAAAAUCAAAUUUGGCCAUUUCUGUGAUGUUUAUGAAACCUAAACAAGACGAGCCAACUAAAGGAAUAUUUCACUGCUCAGAAUGUGGGAGGCGAUUCAUGACCAACGCAGCCCUCGGCUCCCACAGACGAUGGCACAAAGAUAAGAAAUGCUCACGGCCGUUGCUGAAAGACGAUUUGAAAUCUCUGAGCCACAAGACGGAGGACGGACCUUUUCACUGCGAGAAGUGUGGCAAACAGUUUUUCAACCGGCAUGUUCUCCAGCGCCACCAGUUGUUCAGUCUUCAUUGUCAAAUCAAAACUGAGCCCGAUUCGGAGAGUGGCAGCACACCGGAGCAGUUUUCAUGUCCUGAAUGUAACAAAACAUUUGCGCAGAGUUCACUGUUAGCCGCUCAUUAUGAAAACGAGCACAGUGAAAUGCUGGAGGCUACAGACCGUCAAGGAGAUGAGCCACUAGAACUGUUAGAUCAGGUCUCAGAACAAGCUGAUAUAAACUGCAGUGAGAGGGAGUUAGUAUCCGUGACAUUAAAGCAAAAAUCUCAUCGGUGUCAGCUCUGCACUAUGACUUUUGCCAAUGCAAGAGGUCUGCGUGCUCAUAAAUGGCAGGCCCACUCAAAGGGCACAAAAGGCAAAAACAUGGUACAUGUGAGUGUUAAAAUGGAGCCCGUUGCCUCUAGCAGCGAAGUCAACACGACGGAAGAUUCAUCAGCUCCACAAAGCGACACAGCAUUGGUGAAAACUAGCCCUGUUGACAGAGCAAACAAGAAAAUCAGAUCAGACCCCCUGCCUGCAUCGUGUCUUGACUGCGGGAAACAGUUCAGUUCUGCAGUUGGCCUCAUCGAGCAUAAGAAAAUUUGCUCGGAGGCAAAGCAUGAGUCUACACUGGACAUCCAAACUCUUGAAGCUGAGGAUUCCCCACUGCUCGGCCGCCUGUCAGACCACGCCAUCAAAUGCCUCUUCAAGUGUAAGAAGUGUGGGAAAGCAUUCCAAACGGAGGAGCAGUUAGGUACCCAUAAGACCAAAGCGAGGAGCCGGCCUUAUUGCUGUGCUCUGUGCUGCCACGGCUUCUGGACCGAGAAUCAGCUGCAGCAGCACCUCGCCUGGCACGACGAAGUCCGCUGUCGGCUCCCGAAUGAGGUUCGCUACAGACUCGGCACCGCCAUGACCUCAAAGCUUCUCAAACCCAACCUGCCCACUCCUGACAGCCAAGGGAAGUGUUUUCCAUCUCCAGCACUGAUCCGACCGACGCUCAGCCCCGCCACAAGCCACUCGCAAAGUAGCCAUAAGUGCCAACACUGUGGCAAAGCCUUCCUUUCACCAGCUGCUUUACAAAACCACAGAGCUCAGCAGUGUAAUGGCGGCGACUCGUACCGGUGCUCCGUUUGCCCCCGGACCUUCAGUGAAAUCCAAGACCUUAUCGAUCACCACCAGGAAUGUAUCAGCGAUUACAGAAGACCGAGCGCCGCCCCCACUGCUGCAGUCUCAUCUGGAAAUACAAACAGCCUUUCUUGCCUUGAAUGUGGAACUACUUUUUGUCAAGAAACUGAUUUGCACCAGCACUAUAUCGAGCAUGCCCGCGGACAUUAUUAAAGAAAGCGAACAAAAACGAGCUGAUGACACUGUAGAUUGUGGGGCCGUUAAGCUAGACAAUUUUCUGUUGGGCCUUCAAGUAGUAACAUACUUUCCCGAUUUGUUUGUACAUAAUUUGAGAUUCUUUAUAGUUAAAAAAAAUAACAAUUUCUGAGGUUAUUUUCCUAUUCUCAGGCUUUUCCUUUACACUGGAGUAGUAUGUGUACAAAUGUGAAAGUAUAACCGCUUUUAUACCCUUAGGUUGAUGUCAAUAAUGCGUAGUUUUGAGCCACCAUUUUUGAAUGAUUGUCAGUUGACCCUUGUUAUUACCUUUGCGGGAUUCACUGGCUUAAGUGUUGGAAUUUACAUUUAAAUAUAUUAAAAAACAGAUUUAAAGCAUUUAUGCAUGUCUGUCCUCAUACAAUUGCAGUCCUUUGAGAAAUGAAAUGUGCUGUUGAUACACUACUUAUUGCAAACUUUAUGAAGACACUGAAACACAUCUGCACCGCAAAUAUAAAUAUACACACACACACACUAAUGAUGCUGCUGUUAUUUUUAACACCUGAAAUUGUGCUGAAUGAGUUGCAUAUUGCUUAAAAACAUAAAUCAUGUGAAAUUCAACAAUGUGCACUAUUUUGAAAAUUAAAGAAAUGGCAGUGUAACAAAAACUUAAGUCAAGUAAUUAUGUUUUGUACAAUACAUCUUGCAUUAAUAUGAAUUCCUAUGUUGUUUCUUUUCAAUGUUAUAUUUCAAUCUUGUGGAAAGACUUUUAGUUACUUCAACUAAAAUAGUGAUUCUGUUCUUGUAGGAUCGUUGUUUAUAGUGAAAAUAGUACUUUACUGUAUUAAUUUAUAAAGUCUUUCCUUUCCCCCUCCCAUUUUUUUUGCCCUAGAUGACCCAUAUGACUACUUGUUUAACUUGCUGUUUCAGAACGAAAGAGGAUUAAAGGUGUCUAAAAGUAAAAAAUAAAUCGAUUAGUAUUUGCGGAAAAUAUUGAGUUGUGUGAUUCAUUUUAUCAGUAUCAAUGUAGGUAGUGUUAUCAGUCUGGUUUCCCUUAAUGUUUGGUUUUUCUGAUUGCUGAGAGUGUUUACCAGUAUGCAUUUCAGAGUGUAACAGUCACAUAAGAAAUACAUUUUCAUAGGUAUUACUCACAAUGUGAAAUAUAUAGACAGCCUGUAAUGUGCCACUGAAAGCCAAACAGUUAGUUAUAUAGUUAAUACAUAAAUUGGUGCAUUAAAAAUAUCAAAUUUAAAUUAUAAUAAAUAUGCAAUAUAAAAACCUCAUAAAUGAAUGGAUAUCCAAAAUUUAGACAGGAUUUUCAAAUGACUUAUUUGCUGUCUCCUAUACUGAUUUAGUAUAAUUUUUCUGUCUUUUUGUUGAAAUAGCCCAUUAUUAACAGGAACUAUCUGCUGUUUUGACAUACACAAAAAUCCAAAUAGUCCUCUGUUCUAGCUUGUCAAACCUCAGAAUUUGCUUUUU